AUGUUUAAUAUAUUUCUAAUUAAUUUAUUAUCAAUCCAUUUUUCUAUUGCUAAUGAUCCUAUUAUCAUUGCUUCACCGUAUCCAUUUAAUACAUCAGAAACAUCAUAUAUUGAAUGUUUUAGUAAUGAUCAAGGUAUUAUUCUAUCAUUGACAAUUAUUGCUACAAUGAUAGAUAUUGAUAAAAAUAUUUCUUCAUUAAAAUAUAGUAAAGAUAAUAUAAAAAAUAAUGAAAGUAUUAUUUUAACAAUAUCUACACCAUUUAAUUAUUCAAAAUUACAUUCAAAAAUUGAAUGUCAUUCAAAAUAUCAUUAUGGUGUACAAAAAAUUAGUCAACUUGAUGUAUUUUCAGUUGCUGAAAUAACUCAAAAAGAAUUUCUUACUAUAAAUACUUAUACAAAACAAAUGGUAACUAUUAAUUGUUUAACAUAUGGAACAAAUGUUAUUAUUCAUUGGGAUUUUACUAAAGAUAUAUCAAAAAAUCUAUUUAAUUCUUUACCUAUUGAUAUUCAUUUUUAUCAUAAAUUUAUUCUUAAUGAUACAUUAAUUAUUGAUCAUGUUUCUUAUUCAAAUCAUCAUGGGUAUUAUCGAUGUUAUGCAAUAAAUAAAUUAUUUAAUAUAACUUAUGAAGAUAAGAGUAUUAUUUAUUUAAAUGUUCAAAAAUCUACUAUAUGGAUUCCGAUUAUAAUUGUAUGUGUAGUUAUUAUAAUAUUUAUUUUAAUUUUUAUUCUCUGUACAAAAUAUUUUCAAAAGAAAAGAAAAAAUCAACAAUUAAAAAAAAAAGAAAUUAUUGAUCAAAUUAUAUCAAAUCAAGAAUCAAUUGAAUUUUCAACAUAUUAUAAUCAUCAAAGAAGUUCUGAACAAAUAAUAAACGAUGUUGAAAAAUUAAAAUUACAACAAGAUAAUCUUUGUAAUUUUUCUCAUUUGGAGAAUUCUUUCAAAUCAUCAAUAUCAUUUUUAUCGACAAAAAAAGAACAAGAACAAAUAGCAUUUUUAAAUUCAUUAUCGAUUUCAACAAAAACUUCUCCUCAAUUCAUUCUUGGUAAUCCAUUUCUUGAUUCAAAUAUUCAACCAUUAACUUCGGUUAUGAAAUCAUAUAUUGAUAAAUUUGAAUAA